AUGUCGUUCCUCACCUCCGUACGUGCAUCGAUCAACCCCCGCGUGGCCAUCAGACCAGGCUACACGGCCGUCUCGGCUUUCCACAACUCCGGCGCUCGCCUGGGCUUGAAAGAGUCGGAUCAGAACCGCGAUAAUCUGGACUCCCACUACGAGGCUGAGAAGCAAGAUCAGUUGAAGAGUACUAAGGAGGGCAAGGCGAAGUGGAAGGGCGAGCUUGCUAGCAACAGUGAGGCAUCGGUCAAGGCAGACCGCGGCGAGCUUGACAGCGACGACAAGGACUUCCAAUCACUCCAAAGUCGGACCAAGGAUCUGCCGAACAGAAGUGGCCCUGUGAACAAGUCUCAAUAG